CGGAAAGAAAAAAAAUGGAGAAGAGGCUCCGGUCAUCUCUCAAGACAUCCGCCGACGAAUUCAUCUCAUCCGCCGUCAAAUUAACUCUAAAAUCCUCAAAACCAUCUCUGAAAACCAUCAUCAACUCCGUAAAACCCUCGUCAGACCUCUCCUCUUCUCUCCCACUCGCUCUCCUCCACUCCAUCCUCCACCACACUGAAUCCUUCCAGAAACUCUCCGUAAAUGAUCAUCACAAUCCUCCUCUUUCUCCCUCUAAUUCUCCUCCACACAAGCGCCAACGCAGUAACGGACCCGGACCUGGACCCGAUUCGGAUAACCGAAAGCAACAGAUCCUUACUUCUCUCCAGGUCCUCUCUCAUAUACUCAACUUAUGCAUUCUAUCUCCAAAGAAAGCCUUCUCCGCCACUGAUCUCCUCCCCGCCGCUCAAUCUCUCCACAACAACCUCAUCCUCUUCGAAUCGGAUCCAAUCCUCUGCCUCGAAAUCACCGGAGUCUGCGAGUCUUGGUGGAAAGAAGGACUUCUCUCUCGAGAAUCCUUAAUCUCUCAGUCGUUACCGUUCCUAUUAUCGAGAUCAUUAACACUUAAAAAGAAAACAGACGUCCAUCGAGUCUACAUGCUCAGAGAAGCAUUCACACUAUUCGAUUUCGACGACGAAGAGAGCAUCGGAGACCUCAGGAUGCUCCUAAUGCGCUGCGUCGUCUCCCCUCUGUAUUUGAAAACAGAAGACGGACAGAGAUUCGUCUCCUUCGCGUUCGGACUCAGCAGGCAGUUGAUGAAGUCCGGACUGGCAGUUGUCAAAGCUCAGAUUCCUUUCGGGAGGAAAUCUGUUCUCGAGGGUUUCGGUGGGAUUCUGUUUAGAGCUUGGAAAGAGGUUGGUGAUGAUUUGAGAGGUGAGAUUGAAGAAUGUUUUAUGCGGGAGAUUGUUGAUGGCGCUAUCCACGCGGGGUCUUGCGCCUUUGCUGCUUCUUUGAGGAAGGUUCUUGGAGGGUUUAUUAGCCAACGGACAACUCAGGGUGUUGAGAAGUUACUCUUUGGAGUUGCUGAGCCGAUGAUUUUCCGAUCGUUGCAGGUUGCGAAUUCGAAUGUUCGUUUAAAUGCUUUACAUUUGCUUCUGGAUCUCUUCCCCAUGGAGGAUCCGGACGCAACGAAAGAAGAGAAAGAUAAGCUGCUUGAUAAACAGUUUUACUUGUUGGAGAAAUUGAUGAGUGAUGAAUGCCCUGAUGUGAGGUCUGUUGCUGUGGAAGGUCUCUGUAGAGUUUUCUAUCUUUUUUGGGAAGUGAUACCGUCGCUAACUAUUACCAAGAUCAUUACUAAGAUUUUCAAUGAUAUGUCGCAUGAGUCUUGUAGUGAGGUUAGGCUUUCGACUGUUAAUGGGAUAACUUAUUUACUCGGGAACCCGCAGUCCCAUGGUAUUCUUAAGGUGCUUCUGCCGAGACUGGGGAAUUUGAUGGUAGAUAAUGUUGCUUCUGUACGGGUUGCUAUGGUUGAUCUGCUCUUGCUUUUAAGAGAUGUGCGUACUUUCCAGUUUAACACGGUGGUGAGUUUGGAUGUGUUGUUAUCUGUUCUUGCUUCUGACCAAACUAAUGUUGCUAAGGGAAUCGCACGGCUUCUGAUGCCAUCAUAUUUUCCUUCGAGAAAGAGAGCUGAGGAGGCCUGCACGCGAUGUAGGACACUCAUAAACAGAAACCCAUUGGCUGGUGCAAGGUUUUGCGAGUUUUUAGUAUCUUUAGGAGCAACGGUUCAGUCUGCAAGGCAGCUAGUAGGAUUCUUCUUGGAUUCAAUCUUGUCAGGUGAUAAGCUAGAGGAGAACCAGGUUGAAGGCUUGCUUCUUGCUGCGUACUAUCUCUGUAAAAAUCUGGUUGCUGAUUCAGGGUGUAUGGCUUCCCUGAAGGAGUCGUUACCUGGAGAAAAAUUGAAAAGCUUGCUAGCUUUUGCACCUACUGCACAGGCUCAGUCAGCUGUCUUUGAUAUUCUUGCUAUGGUCUCCCCUGAGAUCGUCUCUGACGUCCUAGAAGAUUGCAUGAGUUUGGUUAUUAAUUGUGGUGGUUUGCCUGGUGAUGCAGGAAGACAGGUGGAGAUUAGAUCUGUACACAAGUUACUCCUGUCGUCUAAUGCCUUUUCUGACCUCGUUGGAACUUUUACCAGCAUCCUUCAGAAGACUGCGUACCGCUGCCAGAUCAAUUUUGGCAAUGAAGUAGAAAGAAAGAAUGUCUACUCAGCGACGAGGAAGAAAUCAAAGUCCUCUUCCGCAAAGUGGAAACAUGUUAGCGAAAAAAAUGCAAUCAGCUUCGAGGAUGAUUAUUCGGUAGCUGUAGGAAUAGCAUGGCAAAUAAAGGAUUUGCUUAGCACUGAAGAUGCUCGUAAAUCAAUACUCGAGUCUGAUAUUGAGGAGUUAUGCACUGCCUUAAAAGUCGUCUCCCAGACUAGCAUAAUGCAAGCCUCUUGUUAUGGAUACAUGGACGUAUACCCUGUAUUAGCAUAUACUUCUCUUGCUUUACACAUGACUCUUCGGAAUCUUAAUACGGAUGCUCAGAUGAAUAAUACGACAAUUGCCGAGGAUAGUCUGGACCAAACAAUGGAUCACAUUCUAGACUGUACAGAACAACUAUUCCAGGCAGGUGACAAUGGAACGUCAGACACCAUAGCUCCAAAGGCGCACCUCAGCAAGAAACCAAAAAGAAAAAAUUCAAAUGCCGGUGAUGAUGAGCGUCUUGGAUCAAAGGAAAGAGGUGUACUGAACAAGGUCAAGAUGCUAACUGCGAUUCUCAAGUUUAUUGUUGAAUCUACAGAGAUGGGUCUAGCUUCCCAUUUCCAAGCAAGAAUGUUGAAGUUUGCAUCUGCAUAUCUCAAGUAUGCCAUCUCCAGUUUCGACCACCAUUCAACUGGUAAGUUACAAUUUGAGGAUGCAGAUUUGAAGGACAUUAUUCUGUGUACCAAAAGCUCGACCAGUUAUGCCGGAAAGUUGAUAAACCUGGUGAUGAGAGAAGCGUCAUGCCCUUUGUUUGAAGCUUUUGACCUUGCAAAUGACCUGCUUGAUCUAUUCACCAUGGUUGAGAUAUCGUUAGGCUCGGCUUAUGCAUCAAAACUUCUGACAGCUUUAAACCCUUGGAUACCAGAUCUGGUUCUUGCGUUAGGACCUUGUUUCAUCAACAACAACAACAUGGAAGAAGAAGAAGAUUCAUACACCAGCACAUUCAAUCACAUCAAACUCUGCAUUCCGACAUGGCUUCUUACAUGUGCGAAGCUGGAGCUACGUGAAAUCGACGAGACCUCAGAAUCUCAUCUCCAGCUCUUCCCGGCACUCAAAAGACUGAGAGAUACCAUAGUUUCAUUGGUGAAAGGUAACUCAAAAGUGGUUGAUGGAAUCGGUUAUGUUCUUUUGAUAUGUUCAGCGGUGUGUAUAGAGAAGAAAGAUUACAGUACAGUUUUAGGGUUGUUGCAUUUUCUGUGUGCGAAGUUGCUAAGUAGAGAAGAAGAUAGAGAGUGGAAAGAGCUUGACACAAUGUUGGUCUCACUUCCGAGAAUUUACCCAAUAAUAGAGAGAGAGAUUGGUGAAGAAAGAGAUGAAGACGAAGUGAAGAAGCUCGAGGCCGCAAGAGAAUUGCUUCUACCUGUGUGGACGUACCAUGUCUAUGAAACCGGAAGGUUUCGCAUGAUGGAGGAAGACGAAUAGAUAAUUUGGGUUUAGAGCUGUGACGUGUUGUAAACUUGUAAUAUACAUUAGAUAUGAGGCUGUGUGUGUUAUUUGAACUCUGAAUCACAAUUCGAUCCGAGUCAAAAAUAAAGCAAGGUUUAAUCAGACUUAGAUUCAAAAGAAGGUGAAGAAGCAAAUGAGAUGAUUUAUUGAUUAAAGUUUUCUGUAUCACUUAGCAACAAACAAGUUUAGAAAGCUGUCAUAGAGCGAGUUUGCUGAUAAAAAUACUUUAAGACUGUUGGUUGGAGAAGUCAUAAGA